AUGUCUCGAGCAUUGCGCCUCCCUGUGCCAUCCCGCAGUCUCCUCCGAUUUCUCCGAGCGCAAACAGAAGACUCGGUACUUGUUGGCUCUCUCUGUAGCCCCCGAAUCAACCGACUACCCAGGUCGAAAGUCUCGCCCAUCGCUAGCCCAUCGAUUGCCGUCACGACUCCCCGAAGGGCCUUCUCUUCACGCGCGCAUACCACCAGCAGUAGCUCCACCCGUCUCUCGCCAUUAUGCCUCAGCAGUGACGGAUCCUGGCGUCCAUCUCCACGAUGUCGCCACGCACCAGGCUCGGGAAUUGAUCAUACUGCAUUCCUAAAAACCUCUGCCCGCCAUAAUGACAAAAUCGAUGACCAUACCACACCCGAGCCGCGCACCCUCACAUGGCAGGAGAGGCUUUGGGGAACUUCGGCGUCUCGAGGAGACCCUCAACUAAAGCCUGGCGACUUGCCAUGCCGCGACGACAUCGAUAGUGAUGCGAUUCUCCGCCGAACCCUUAGUGCCAAGGCGGCGAUCGAACCACGGCUGCGUUGUACGGAAGUUGACGAAAAUGGCGAGACGACAAUAACUGACGGCGAGUUCAAGAAGACGGAGCUAAUUGCCAAGUAUGGGCUGUUGCCUCGCGAUCUGCGCAAAAUUGAUUCGUCGAACCUACCUCAUAUCCUUAUACGCCCCUCCGCGAUCCUCCUUAACCUUCUCCAUCUCAAGGUCCUGAUCAAGCAUGAUCGCGUCCUUCUAUUUGACGUCUUCGGUUCCAAAACGUCAUACCCUCAGUCGGCUUUCUUGUACGAUUUACAGGCCAAGUUGCGCCAGAAGAACGCUCCGGGUGUCGGUGGCCUACCCUACGAAUUCCGUGCCCUCGAAGCCGUCUUAACCUCGGUCACCUCGGAGCUCGAGGCGGACUUUGAAGCGGUCCGUGAUCCCGUCAUUAGAGUACUAAGUGAGCUCGAGGAUGACAUCGAUCGUCAGAAGCUGCGAAUUCUCCUGAUCCUGUCAAAGAGGGUCGGCACGUUCGAGCAAAAGGCAAAGCUCGUGCGGGAUGCAAUUGACGACCUCCUGGAGGCGGACGAUGACCUCGCAGACAUGUACUUGACGGAGAAGGCUCACGACCUAUAUCGCGGGGUUGAAGAUCAUACCGAGGUUGAGAUUCUGCUCGAAUCGUAUCACAAAAUUUGCGACGAAAUCGCACAAGAGGCCGGCAACCUGGUCUCUAGUAUCAGAAAUACUGAGGAAAUUAUUCGAGCCAUUCUCGACGCCAACCGAAAUGCACUCAUGUUGUUGGAUCUCAAGUUCAGCAUCGGCACCCUCGGCCUAGCUAUGGGAACCUUCCUCGCCGGUCUCUACGGAAUGAACCUCGAGAAUUUUAUCGAGGAAACGAACUGGGGAUUCGGCGGCGUGACGGGUGUCUCGAUCCUUUUCUCUCUCAUCGUCUGCUGGUAUGGCCUCGUCAAGUUACGCAAGGUUCAGCGCAUCAAGAUGAUGGGCGACGAGCGUGCUACCCUACCGCGUCCUCAUCAGCCCUGGCUUAGCCAGCCCGGUGCCGACAGCAUGCUGGACCCUAGAAGCCGGGAGCGGAUGAGGAGGAUGAUUAAUCAGAAGACGCCGCCGAAGGCAAAGAGGUGGUGGCUAUGGUAA